AUGUCUACUGAUACCAAGCUCGACCCUUACACCGCCAAGGCCACCAACAAUGACCUUACCACCCAGCAGAAGAUCACAGAUCUCCACAAAAUUGUGAAGGGUGCAGGAAUUGCUAUGCUCGUCAGCCGUGCCAGCAGCGGACACCUUCAUUCUCGCGCUAUGGCUCCCGCCGGUCCGACAUCCGACAGCCAAACCACCCUCGUCUUCAUCACCAAUAACGCUACUGAGAAGGUCGAGGAGAUUGAGAAUGACGACCAUGUCAAUGUCAGCUUCUACGACAACUCUACGACGAGUUGGGCCAGUUAUUGUGGUAUCGCAACGAUUGUCAACGACAAAGAACUCAUCAAGAAGCAUUGGAACCCAAUGGUUGCGGGCUACUUCGGUGACCUUGGCGAUGGCAUUCAUAAGGGCGACGUGAACGAUCCUCGUGUCUCUGCUAUCCAGGUGACCCCCGAAGAGAUUCACUAUUGGUUUUCCACCAGUGGUGCUGUCAGCCGUACCGCUCAAGUCGCCGUCGGUGCCGUCACUGGUAAGACCGCUGCACCAGGAGAGUUACGCACCAUCACGCAGGCUGAGAUUCAGCUCACUCAGGGCCUUCACACAAAAUAAACGGCUUCGGAUAUAAUGUGUUGCCGUCAUCGAUCCUCCACCUGUAUCUUUAGUUCAACCAGUGUAGUAUAAGCUGUACCAAAUUACCAUGCAUUUG